AUGCGCAUAACUACUAUAUUCCGCUCCCAGGAGUCAGUGCGGCGACCUCUGACCCCGUUUUGAUUGGAAGAGACGUGGCUGUACCGGGAGAAGUGUCACCGAGAAAACAUGGAGUUGGAAGCAAUGAGCCGAUAUACAAGUCCGGUGAACCCGGCAGUGUUCCCGCACCUUACAGUUGUCCUAAUGGCAAUCGGGAUGUUUUUCACAGCUUGGUUCUUUGUGUAUGAGGUGACAUCCACAAAAUACACUAGAGACGUGUACAAGGAGCUGCUAAUCUCAUUGGUAGCCUCACUCUUCAUGGGAUUUGGAGUCUUGUUUCUUCUCUUGUGGGUUGGAAUCUACGUGUGACCACCGGGGUCCCUGUUGAAGGGGUGAUUAUAUAUUAGAUUUUUUUUACUGCCGAGAGUUCGGGGACCAUUCGUUACUGGCUGAGACUAUUGGUAUCAUUGCACUGUUGAUUCUAUCAUGGAGAUUUCUUUGUUCAUAGCAAACCGUUCAGUCACAAUAAAACACUUUAUUGUUAAA